ACAAAGACUCGAGUCUUACAUGUUAAUUGCAUGACGGUGACAAAGCCAGAGGAUAUAUUCCACGAACUACAUAAUUCCAUCGCAGGCAAGUCUUCAGGAAGAAAGAAAAGUUUCGACAACCUCUACGAAGCUUUGGCUUCAGGAUCUGAGACAGAAGCUCUCGUUGUUGUUCUUGACGAGAUGGACUACCUCAUCACCAAGGACCAGCAGGUUCUCUUCCAAUUAUUUCACUGUGCCUCUCAUUUGAAAACCUCGGCUCUUCAGACAAAGCUUAUCAUCGUGGGGAUUUCUAAUGCAUUGGAUUUGACAGACAAAUUCUUGCCUCGUCUCCGAAGCAAUGGCUUCAACCCUGAAGCUCUUCAGUUUUUGCCAUAUUCUGCCGAGCAGAUCAAGCAGGUCGUGAUCUCGAAGCUACAGUCAUUGAACGAUCAUGACAAGGAAAACCUGACGACGAGGACUCUUCUCAUGCAUCCAGUUGCCAUUCAGAUGUGUUGCAAGAAAUGUGCCACUGUGACUGGAGACUUGCGCAAGGCUUUCGAUAUUUGCUACAAAAGUAUCGAGCUCGUGGAAAAGCAGGCAAAAGAAAGAGAGGACUUCGGUGCGUUGACCAUGGAAGAUGCACCCAAAGUUCUAAUUUCGCACGUAGCGAAGGUUUGCACAUCUGCAUUUGGGGACUCGUCCCAGCAGAGAAUUUCCAACUUGAAUUUGUUGCAGAAGGCCGUACUAUGCUGUCUUUUCAACCUGGAGAAAAACGCCAAGUCAAGCUCAGCACUCAGUGUAAAUCAGCUUUACGACUAUUACUGCAAGUAUACAUUGGAGGUUGUGGAAAACUUGCUCGGCAAGAUCAGGAAGGGCGAAUUCUUGGACAUAAUCAGCGCGUUAGAAUCAGCGCUGGCGAUCACAGUUUCUGUACAGGGGUCAUCCUCCGGAGCCGUGGAUUAUGGAAACAGAAAAAUUCAACCGAAUGUCUCAUACACGGACAUGCUCAAGAGUAGCGAAAAUGUGGGGAUCUUAAAAAAAAUACUCCUUGCCUAGAUAAUGUCGCGUGCUACAUAAAAUUAAUCACACAUUUGCAUUAUUAAACACAUCAUCCUAAAUAUUUUCACAUCGGCUGUUGUUGUCAUACCCGC